UAUAAUUUUAACAGGCCCAACAUAUAAAAAGCUGGAACAUUUUCUCAGUCGCAAAAUUACCAAUGUAAAAUUUUGUAAAAUUCAAGUGUACUAUUCGCUGGAUGAAAAUCGUCGGCUAAAAAGUGAUAACAUUAAAAAUAAAUAAAUGAAAAAACAAAACAUUAUGUGGAAUGAAUGCUAAAAAGAUUUAGUGAAAAAGAAAAAAAUGUAAUUGUAAUGCGAAAUUCAGAUCACGACAACAAUGGAUUUGCGCUAUGGCCAUCUACGAGCUGUUUUAAUGCUGAUGUUUUUCCUAAAAGCGUCAUCUGCACUUGAAUUACAAGGACCAGUAUUUUCACAUGAGCCCCCACAUAAAGUGGAAUUUUCUAACAGUACCGGAGGGCACAUUGAAUGCUUCGGUCAAGGGAGCCCACAACCUGAGAUAGAAUGGUCGCCAGUUCCGCCACAUCAAGAUAUGGUGUAUUCAUUAUCAAAUGGAAGUUUAAUUUUCUAUCCAUUUUCCGGAGAAAAAUACCGCCAUGAAAUUCAUUCAACAGUUUAUAGGUGUAAAUUAAGAAAUCUUGUGGGAACAGUACUGAGUCGAGAAGUUCAUGUGCGAGGAGUUGUCAAUCAAGAAUAUACUGUUCAAGUGCAUGACGAGUAUGUGAUGUCUGGAAAUACGGCUGUACUGAAAUGUCAGGUGCCCAGUUAUAUGUCUGAGUUUGUGAUCGUAACGUCUUGGGUACAAGAUACGGGAAUGCAUCUGUAUCCCAACACGGAUAUCGGUGGCAAAUAUACCGUUUUGUCGAAUGGGGAAUUGUAUAUCAACAACGCAGGUCCUAGCGAUGCAUUUAAAACGUAUACGUGCCGAACCGUAAAUAGGUUAACAGGUGAUAUGCAGGUGUCAACAUAUCCCGGCAGAAUAAUCGUUACCGAACCAAAGGGAUUGGUACAACCUAGAAUCAAUGUAGAAAAACAUUCAUUGCGUCACGUUGUUUUAAAUGGGCAGACGACAUUGCCGUGUAUCGCUCAGGGCCAUCCAGUCCCAACAUAUAGAUGGUUUAAAGAAGAAAACGAACAGCUGCUUCCACUUCAGUUAAGCGAACGAAUAACAAUGGUUUCGGCUGGAUUAUUAAAAAUAACAAAGGCACGGCUUGAGGACAGUGGAAAAUAUCUCUGUUGGGUUAACAAUACGGCUGGCGAGGAAACGAUCCAGGUGACACUGACAGUUACAGCACCAUUAACAGCCCAUUUACAACCUCAGGUACAAACAGUAGAUGUUGAUAAAGAUGCUCAGUUUCAGUGUAUUAUAUCUGGCCAUCCCGUGCAUGACAUUAAUUGGCUGCAUGAUGGAAAACCCAUUUUGCGUGACAGUCGUAUCGAGAUAUCCACCGAUCCGCCUAGAUUAUUUAUUAAAAGGGUACAGAAAGAAGAUCAAGGGAUGUAUCAAUGUUUUGUUACAAACGAAUGGGAACAGAUUCAAUCUACGGCUGAGCUUCAAUUAGGAGAUGCGUCUCCAGAAUUGGUUUACUGGUUUUCUGAACAGACUCUACAGCCAGGACCAACCGUAUCCUUAAAAUGUGUUGCCACUGGCAAUCCACCACCUCAAUUCACAUGGACAUUGGACGGAUUUCCCAUUCCCGAUAAUUCAAGAUUUCUGGUAGGUCAAUAUGUGACUGUGCACGAUGAUGUUAUCAGUCACGUAAAUGUUUCGAAUGUUAAAGAAGAGGAUGGUGGCGAAUAUUCAUGCAUCGGAACAAAUGGUGUGGGCAAGGUGUCUCACAGUGCCAAAGUCAAUAUCUACGGGCUUCCAUUCAUCCGUGAAAUGCCAAAAAUAACUGGUGUGUCGGGCAGAGAUUUAAUAGUGAAGUGUCCUGUCGCCGGUUAUCCGAUAGAUAAAGUUCAUUGGGAAAGAGAUGGGCAAACCCUACCAAUUAAUCGAAGACAACGAGCUUACAACAACGGAACCUUAGUGAUAGAGCAGCUACAGAGACUUGAAGAUGCAGGUACAUACACAUGCAUGGCCAGCAAUAAACAAAAGCAAACGGCUAGACGGAAUGUGGAAAUCCAAGUGUUAGUGCCACCAAAAAUUAUGCCUAUACAGUCGAUGACAAAUAUGUUAAAAGAAGGUAUGAGAGCAGCUAUUUCGUGCCAAAUUCUGGAGGGUGAUUUGCCGGUAACAUUUCGCUGGGAACGAAAUGGAAAACCGCUGAUUGGAACUGGCAACGAAGUAAUACGACGAUUAGACGAAUAUUCGGCUGUCUUAGUGGUUGAGCACAUUUCGUCGGAACACUCGGGUAAUUAUACCUGUAUCGCCAGUAAUGUGGCUGGAACAGAACGAUUCACAGUUCCAGUGACAGUAAAUGUACCACCGAAGUGGUUGCUUCAGCCUAAGGAUUCAAGUGCGCAAGCUGGACAGGAUGUAUCCGUUCACUGCCAGGCAGACGGGUAUCCAAAACCAACGGUGACAUGGAAAAAGGCGAUUGGUUCGUCGCCCGGUGAAUAUAAAGAUUUUUUAUAUGAGCCGAACGUUUCCUUGGAUUCGAAUGGCUCUAUUCAUUUUACGAAAAUUUCCAAAGAAUCACAAGGCCACUUUUUGUGCGAGGCUAAAAAUAACAUCGGCACUGGCGUCAGUAAAGUUAUUUUUCUCAAAGUGAAUGUACCUGCUCAUUUUUCAACCAAAAAUAAACAAAUAUCGGUCGCUAAAGGAAAACAAGUGCACGUUCAGUGCAAUGUUCAGGGAGACACACCCAUUGAUAUUAAAUGGAAAAUUCAAAACACUCAACAGCAUCUGGAUGAAUCAUUAGACACACGAUACACAAUCAGAGAGCAAGUGCUGGAUGACGGUAUGGUCUCCGAACUUGGAAUAUCACACACGUAUCGGCAAGAUACCGGCAUGUACAUUUGCCAGGCUAGUAAUGCAUUCGGUCAAGAUGAAAUGUCGAUGCAUUUGAUAGUACAAGAAGUUCCCGAACAGCCGAAAAAUCUUCGAAUAAACGCACAACAAUCACGUAGUCUUCAAUUGACGUGGAGUCAACCGUUCGCUGGAAAUAGUCCAAUCGAAGAAUAUCAUGUUCAAUAUAAGGUUAUAACCGACACUUGGCAAACGGCCGAACGAAUAUCUGUGACUGGAUCGCAAACUGUUGUCAACAUUAAUAAUUUACAUCCUGCAAAGGCAUACCACAUUCGAAUGGCUGCUGAAAAUAAACUGGGCUCGUCAGAGUUUUCGGAAAUAGUUCAAAUAACUACGUUGGAAGAAGUGCCUUCUGGUCCUCCCCUCAACGUUAGAGGCGAGGCAAAAAGUUCAACUGAAAUUUUUCUCAUUUGGGAUUCCCCUGACAAAGAAGACUGGAAUGGCAAUUUACUAGGAUAUUAUGUGGGUUACCAAAUGACCGCCAGCAUUGACGAUGUUGGUCCCACUCAGGGCUUUAAUUUCAAAACCGUGGAAGUACGGUCGCAUUUCGGCGGAGAGACACUACUUCAAAACUUGAAUAAAUACACGCAAUAUAGUAUAGUGGUACAGGCAUACACAAGCCAAGGCAGCGGUCCACCGAGUAAAGAGAUUUUAGUUAGCUCAUUGGAGGACGUGCCAUCUUACCCACCGGAGACUCCAAAGUGUGAUGUACUUAGUUCGACGUCGAUUUAUAUAACUUGGUCACCUCCUCCUGUCGAAGGUCAAAAUGGUAAAAUUAAGGGGUACAGAGUGUCUUAUAUAUCAACUGAUGAAAUUUAUGAAACUGAUCCUCAUGUUGUGAAAUCAACCAAUCAAUAUCUUACUGUAGAGAAUCUAAAGAAGUAUACCAAUUACAGUGUCACAGUGUUAGCUUAUACGAAAAUGGGUGACGGAGUAAAAACGAAACCGUUUUUCUGUCGAACACACGAAGAUGUUCCAUCGGCACCGCAAGACAUCAAAGCCAUUCCAGCAUCGAAUGCAAAAGUAAUUAUAUCAUGGCUGCCGCCGAAAAAUCGAAAUGGCGACAUUUCUGGAUACACAUUUUACAUGUCCGUGUUGGACGGUGGACGUGACGAAGGUAUUCACAAGAGAGUGUUAGGUCCACUUGCUGAUACACACGAAACACAACGACUCCAGGACGGUGCAACGUAUCAAUUUUGGCUAACUGCGCUGACAAAAAUCGGCGAAGGUGAAAAGACGAAGGUCAUUACAGUUCCUCCAAAUAACAAAGUUCCUGCCAGAAUUGUAUCGUUCAGUCGUAAUAUCAUCACCCCGUGGAAAGAGAAUUUGGUGCUACCAUGCCGAAAGGUUGGCGUGCCAGCACCGGUUACAAUUUGGCGACAAGAUGGACAGCCCAUGGAAACAAGUAGUCGGAAAACAAUCGCUAAAAAUGGAACGUUAUAUGUUAAAGAUGCCCAGUAUUUGGACAGUGGAAAUUACACUUGUGCCGUUGAAAAUGUUUGGGGAAAAGAUGAAAUUAUUUACCAACUGCUCGUACUGGUACCGCCCGAUCCACCAAUAUUGUCCGUAGUAAAUUCAUAUACCGACAGUUUGGAACUGGAAUGGUUGGACAAUCGUAACGGUGGCAGCUUAAUAUUGGGCUAUGUGAUUAACUACAAACGCGACAAUGGUGACUGGGAGGAGCUGCAGAUCGACUCCAAGACCAAUUCACAUUUACUGGGCAAUCUGUGGUGCGGUACGCGAUAUCAGCUGUACAUAACUGCUUACAAUAAAAUUGGAACCGGUCUUCCAUGCGACAUCGUCAAUUCGUUCACUAAAGGAAAUGUACCUGUGCAACCGAAGCAUUCGCAAAUGAUAACAAACAAUUCAACCAGUGUGACAUGUUGGCUGGAUUCAUGGGGUGACGGUGGAUGUGGAAUUUUAUAUUUUGUCAUUGAAAGUAAACCAUAUGCAAGAUCACAAUGGAAUAUGGUGGCCAAUCAUAUAGCUCCUACUGAGCGAAUAUUUACGGUUGGCGACUUGCAGCCGGGGACGAGGUAUCAGCUUAAAGUUACUGCCCACAAUAAUGCUGGCUUCACGACAUCAGUUUAUAAUUUCACAACUCUAACACCUCAGGGAAUUUUAUACAACUCCGAUCACACUAAUCCUGUAUCUCACAUGGGAGAAAGUUCAUUUUAUGCAAAUUUUAAGGUUCUCAUCCCAAUAUGUUUAUCAAUUCUUAUUUUACUGGGCCUUAUAGCUGUAGUUCUAAUUAUACGUAAAAGAAAAAUUUCAUCACAAAACCGUUUACCAUCGUCGUCCAUGUCGGAUUCACCAUCGUUAGCUAAUUUACAAAACAAACAAAAUCGGGAUCAACAAUAUCAUGCGGUCCGUUGUCAGAGCAAUCGGAACAGUAAUUCAAACGAUUCGGGCAGUUUCAAAGCUGAAGGGAAUGAAUACAUCGAAGACAUUUGUCCAUACGCAACAUUUCAACUGAACAAACAAACGUACAGCGAAAGUUCAUAUAGCGGUAAUGUUUACAGUGGUCCAUAUCAUUCAGUGCGCGGCUCCUUCGUAUACCACGACGUGAAACCAGAUGGAUACCAACGAGAAGAGCCGGAAUACACAAAAGUACGACGAAAAGGCAAUCGUCUGCGUGAUCCGCAUUCGGAAAGUCAAGAGUCAGACAAUCCGGGCUCAACAGAUUCAGAAGUGAGGAAAAUCCUAACACUUCACAUACCAAUUACAGAAUACGAUACGCUAGGCUCAGAAUCAGAUAAUGAGGUAUCAUCCAGGGCUAUUAAUCAAGCCAAAUAUCGACCACAGAGAGAUCCACAAGACGAGACGUCUUCGUCAUCAGAAAAUUCCCCGUCAAGCUUAUCGCGAAAGUCGAAACCAUCUUAUCCUUCUAGAAAAUCUGGUAAAUCAGCGCAAAGUCUAGCCAAACGUCAUGUACGAAGUUCAAGUGGAUAUUCCAGCCACAAUGAGGAAACCACUUUUAGUAUAUCAAACUAUCCGAAUUAUGAGUCUCAUAUGCCACCUCCAGCACGAUUUUCGGAUACAUCUGGCGAAAAGAAAACCUCUGCCAAUUCGCCAAGAAUUCGUUCCAAUUCUAAAUUGCAACGGGAGGCAUUUCAAAUUAAUGUGUAAAUUGAUUUUACUAGCCACAACGUUCGUUUCGGUGCGAACGACGCGUGUAAUUUAGUCUGCAAUUUUGCAAUUUUGUAAAUUAGAAAGGAAAAAAUAUUAUAAGAAAUUUUGUUAAUUAAUUUUAUAAAUUAAUUUUGUUGUUAAAAUAAUAGUUUUCGCCAAUGCGUGCGUAUUGCGUAUUAAACUAAUAAGUUGAUGUCAACGAUCUUUUGAUACAAUUUACGUUGUUACAGAAAACGAAAAGAAUUUUUCGAUAAAUUUGUUUCGGUAAAAUAGCAACUUUUUGUACUGGUUGGAAAUGCAAAAGUUAGGAAAUUUUACGGUAAAUGUGGAGAAUAUGAUCACUAAGGCGAAAAACAGGUGGGAAACGAAUUACACUCAUUAACAAAACUCUCACAAAAGAACAUAUGCACUUAUCGAUAAGGAUUCACCUAACACAUUCUCAUAUUAAAAUUGCUAUUGAUAACAUAAUAUAAGACUUUCUAAAUUAUAUCCCACGGAAAAUAUCUGAGUUCAAGCGAACAUAAUUUGUUCAACGUUACCAGAAGUUUCAAAAAUUUUUGUAACAAGUUUUGGGACUACAAUCUUUCUAUAGUCACUCACUGAGUUAUGAUUGGAGUUUAUCCCAUCGCUCGCUCAUGUUCUAAAAGUGAACAAUAUUGGAGCAUUGAAAAAUUAUCACCUCGUUGUUUCUGCUAUCAAAUGAUACUCAUUGAGAACCAUGAACCAUUUGAUCAUGUACGGGUAUCGUUAUACAUCGUCGAAUGUUUGAUACUUCGGUUGUUUUGGAUUAAUGUCGACAUUGCGGACUUUAAACAGUAGCUUGGGUCGAUUUAACCUUUUUUAUUUCUAUCCAAAAAUCACAACGUUCCAUGACCGUCAGAGCCCCCUGAUCAUUUUCUAGAAAAAAAAAACUUUGUUUUUUAAGGGUACCGCUCGAGCAAUUUUUGAGUAGGAUUCACUAUCAAUAAAAUGCAAAUUUCUUCGAUCCAAUUUUCAAAAAGUCUUUUAUUUUGAAUUCCUGAGAUUUCCUUUCAAAGUUAAACAACUUUUCGCAGGGAACAAAAUUUCUACUUCGGAGGGCUGAACGUCUACAAUUUGUCGCUAUUCUCAUUGUACCCAUCGGAAAAUGUUUCCAUCCAUACUAUAAAUGUUUGAAAAAUCCCUUACACGUAAAUAAUGCUCUACUCAAAAAUUGUUUGGUCGGUACACUUGAAACAUAAAAUUAAAAAAAAGUGCAUCUAGAAAAUGAUCAUGGGGCUCUGACGGUCAUGGAAUACUAUGUGAUUUUUGUAUAAAAAUCAAAUUUUUUAAAUCGAUCCACCCUAUUAACAGUGUUUGAGUCGUGCUAUGCGUAAGUCUUGGCAAAUGCUCCUUAUCCUCAUCAUCACACUAAUUAAUUGCACCUUUCAGAAAAUGAAGUGAUGAACUACAUGUCAAAACAAAUGAAGUAGAAGAUUUUGUCGCAAAUACUGAGCAAUACAACAAGUAGAUGGAAAUAACCGAUUUAAUUGAUAUACCGAGAUACGUUUUCCGUGUGGAAACGUAGAGCAGUUUGACUGCGACAGUUCUUUCUGGAUGCUAACUGUAAAUUUUGUUCGCGACAAUACGUAUUUCACAUGCCACUCAUGUAUCAUCAGGUAGUUCUAUAUAAUCAAACGCUUUCCGUUUCUAUAAUACGUUCAGUGAGACUCUGUUCCGACUUGGUUGGUCGAUUUUUACACAUUUACCAAUGACUGGAAAGAAAAUUGAAUGGCCAAAAAUUUAGUUCUAAUUGUUAAAGCAUCACAUUCAAUGUGAAAAUAUUUAGUGAAAUGAGAGAAUUUAUGUAAAAAAAGUAAAAAUGAACAUAUCUUAACGUUUAUCGAAUUUUUACCCUUUUUAGAUUUAAAAUUAUUGAAUGUAAAUGAACUAUAUUAAAGGAUUGAAAUAAUGAAAAAGAACUUGGUAUGAAUUUCAAGUCAUGAAAUCAAAUAUUUGUACGGAAACCACCAUAACACACAUACAAAAAAAAAAUGGAACCUAAAAUUGUAUAAAAAAUGGAUGAAAGAACUUUUUUUUUAUAUAAAAACAUCAUUUAAAUAUGUAAUGUAAAUAAACGAUGUUUAUAGUAAAUAUAAAUAAUAAUAAAAAAUAAUCGUAGUUGAGAAUCGGGAUAAUGUGCCAAUAAUGAUGAUGAUUAUGAUUAUAAAUAGAAUUUAUAGUGGAUUGUUAAUAAAAAAAAAUAAUUUUUAAUCAUCAGUUGAUAAAAUUUGAUAUAAUGUGAGCAACUAGUAUUUGAUAAUCACGUCUAACAAUCCAUUCAAAAUAUAGUUGAUACAACAAGAAGAAGACAAGAAAAUGGGAAAUAAAAAAUUAUUUAUGGAAAUUAUUCUCUGUGAACCAAAGGAAUAAAACAACAGCACCACUAAUGGGUAGAGUUUUUUCUUUCAACGUGAAAUUAAAACACAUAAAAAAUAGAAACCUAAAAGCCUAAAAUUUGUUUUAAAAACCAACAAAAUAUUUGAAGAAAAUAUUUUUGGUUUCUUCAGUUUAAUGAAACUUUUGUUCUUUAGUAAAAUGCACACAAAAAUUCGUAAUUAAACCACAAAAACAUGUCUUUAAAAGUACUGGACGAAGUCUAACAAUGUAAAGAAAUAAUUAAGUACAUAAGUACGUGACACACUACACCCCCAAAUUGAAUAAUAAAUAAAAAGGAACAAAAAUAAGUAAAAAAAAACCAAGUAAAAUGACAAUAUGCAGCAUAAAAUAGCCGUUUUAAUGAUUUAGCUAUUUGUUUUGCUCAUUAAUAGCCGGUAAUAAAAACACUCACUCACUCACAGCUUCUAAACUUUAUAAACAAACCAAAGAAACAGAAAAUAAACCAAAUCAACACUUUAAUAAUAGUAACUAAAAAACAAACAAAAGAAAAUCUUGAACAACAUAAAACACAAACAACUUUAAUUAAUCUUAUUAUAAAUUAAAUACGUUUGAUAGCGAUGGGAGGAAUGUAUUACACAAGAACUGAUCCAAAAAAAUGAAUCUUAUUUAUAAAAACAUUUUGAUAUUUUAAAUAAAUUUUAUUAAAGAAAAAAAAACCAAAGAAUCUAGUCAGAAAAUGUCUACGAAAAGUAAAAUUACUAUAAACAAAAAAAAAAUAUUUUGUCAAAAUAACUAAUGGAAAAUGAUGCAUAACUGUGUUAAAAAAAGAAAAUAAAUUAAGGUAAAUUGGAUUUAAAGGAAACAAAAA